AUGAGAUCUUUCCAAAAGGGCAUCUUCGUUGCUCUGUGCGGUCUCGGUUUGAUUCACGGAACGGUUGCCGUGUCCACAGCUACACCUACAGCCGCAUGGACAUAUAAACCAGUCGCAACAGGAUACACCUGCCCCUCCAUUAUUGUUGGCACUGAGGAUACAUGUGACAACCUACCUGUCAAGUGUGGUAUCUCGGCAGCAUCGUUCACUUCGCUCAACCCGAAGAUUUCCUGCUCCUCUCUGGCCAAGGGAAAGCCUGUAUGCUGUGCUCUGGGGGAACCCGAUUACCCACCGAAAUCAGGAACUGGGUGGUGCUACACUCAUACUGUCCGCAGUGGGGAUACCUGCGCGAAAAUGGCCGCGGGAUACAAGGUCACCACGGCCAACAUCGAGACUUGGAAUAAGGAUACCACGGCAUGGUACGGGUGCAAUGAUCUGCAGGAUGGUGGCCAGGUUUGUAUCAGCAAGGGCCAGCCCCCAAUGCCAGUUGCGAUUGGCGAUGCGGUCUGUGGUCCCCAAGUGCCUGGAACAGGACGUCCGAGGAUGCCGUUCAUGAUUCCCACUUUAAAUCCAUGCCCUGCUGGUCAAUGUUGCUCGAGAAAGGGUCAAUGCGGUACUGGUGCAGACUUCUGUGGCUCAGCUGCGCUCGCUGUCCCGGCUGGGUCUGCAAUGGAUGCUUCUGUGCCUACAAACGAAGUUGCUUCUGAGUCUUCAAAAAAAGAUGCAUCUGAGGCUGCGACGAAAGGGGCAUCUGAAGCUGCAAAGAAAGAUGCAUCUAAAGCUAAAUCUGUAUCUGCAAGUGAUGCUACAUCUGCGAAAACGACAUCUGCAACACCCAAAGCUACAUCCGUGGGAACUAUUGCAUCCUUGGUAGCCAGAUCUCUAUCGACAUCGACCAAAAACAAGGAUCCACAUUUCUUCACGACAGAUAUACCGUUAAUAGAUGUACCCCUGACAUAUUUGCACCCGAGCACGACCAAGUCACCUUACCCUCUUGUUGGAACCGAACUAGCCAGUAGAUCACGGAACGUGAUCGCUCAUGUCAUGGGCAUACGUCGAAAUUCUACAACCACCACAGCCAUUUCUACUACAAGCAUUAGUACUCCCAAGGUCACGUCUGUUACGACAAGCAAGGAAACCACCAAAACCAAAGUCAAAACAACAAAAACCGUCAACGGCAUUGCCACCGUACCCAGCGGAUGGGAGAUGAGGAUGUGGGAUCAGCCCGGUUGCAAAGGCAACUACGUGGUCCUUCAGGGCCACAACGCUAAGUUGGAAGACAGUGACUGCAUGAAGUUCAGCUCCAAGAGUGAGCUCAAAACUGAUGUCAACGACGAAUCCGUAUCGUGUCGUUAUAUGACUUUACCGGAAAAGGGUGAUUGGCAGUGGAGAGAUUGUCACGGCAUUAAUCUGAAUAAACCCAAAUCGUGGAAGAUGUCGAAUGGUCUCUGUACCGUCUCUCCUAAUACGGAAUGUGAUCUUUGGAACGACGUUUCCCAAACCUAUGGCUGGCGGGGACCAGUCAUGGGUCAGAUCGAUCAUACGUCGCACUCACCUGCUCUCGACGACGCUCCGCCUCCAUACACCGAUGACCCCGAACCCAUCCUCGACUUUGCCCAACCCGACCCUGUCCAACCUCCCACAAGCAUCCAACCCCUGCGUCUAAUCGGCUCAGCCUAUGUUCUCCCUGGCGGCAAAGACGUCAAACCCACCGACAAGGUUUCUCUCACCCUCGAACCAGCGCUCUCGAGCAACUGCGACGAGCUCUACAAUGUCAUCCACCAACAAAUUAACCUGCCGCCCCGCCCGCUACUCUACAUCCACGGCACUCACACAGAAUCUAGUGAUGGCAGAAAGAAAGACAAGAACAACAACACCGUCACGGACUUCAAAUUCAAAUUGGAUCUGGCUGAAACAAUGCUGACCGGCUGGGAGGGCGGAUACGUGAGCCAGGACUGGAAGGACUGGAAGGAUACGGAAAUACUCACAGAUGAGGACCUCAAACCCGCGUAUCGGGGAGGAAUCUUUCGCUCGCGAACGUACAAGCCGCCCAAGUCGUGUGCAGCUAUCGGUCGCGGGGGAGACACCGAUGCCCUCCUGUACCGAGAUAACGCCGACGAGCUGGAUAACAACUCUCCAGAUGCGGGAAACCUGAAGAUGUGGUGUGAGCGGUUCUGCCACGACCCUGCUUCUGUGAAAUCAUUUACUCUGCACCGACAAGUCGCUGGCUUUGAUUACAACGCUAUGAAUAACGUCCUAUCCUCCCACAUCCGCGAACUCAACUACCGCGGCUCCAUAAACUUCAGCGUCUUCACUGCCCACCGCUCCGUUACAAUCUACUCUCCGCACUGGAUCAACCGGCUCCGCGCGAACCGCUGCGUCUGGUGGGUUGUCGUCCUUCUCCAGCUCUGGAUUAUUACUUGGCCGGUUAUCUUCUUUAUGGAGAAGAGAUACGAGGUCGUCCAUACUCGGUGGCAUGCGUCGCUUAAACCAGAGCCUGACUCUCUGCUGGUCAACUGCUAUCCGUUUGGUCGUAAUGAGUCUUCUCUAGCGGAGUACUGGGCUCCGGCUGUCAAGCAGGCGGCGUGGACUCGGAGGCAUGGCGAAGGUGAUGUUUUGACCAGGAUGGAUGCGGAUCGCUUGCAGGGGUACAGGACGCCGGUCUCCCUGCUUAGUCUUCAUGCUUCUAGUUCGGAGACUGAGCUCGAGCGCCGACGGCGGGUUAAUAGUGGUCAGGCUGGGCUCGUUGAUAAUGUUGUAGGUCUGGUAAGAGGGAUCGGAGAAGUUUGGGAGGAUUGGAGGUUGUCCGAUGGGUGGGGUGCUAACACUUAA